AAUAAAUGAUGCUAUUCUUCAUUGUAUUAUUUAGAGCAUGAAGGCAAGUUAGGACAGCAAUAUGUUUAUUGGGACAUUGCUUUAAGAACAGAAAGGUGUGUGUAUUCAAGGUCCAAGCAGAGGCAAUUUAGUGUCUCCAUGUUCAUCGUAGGCCAUGGGAAACAUCAACAUAAAGCCGAAUAGAAAAUACAAAUCACUUGGUAGGCCUAUAGGUAAGAAAACAAAGAAAUCAUGAAAUUGAGAUGUGCUAUGGAGGAGAAGCUGAUCUACACAAACGUGUUACUGGCUGUACGAAGAAUCCAGGUCACAAAGGUUUUAUACCUCUUAAAGAUUUCAACAAAAACUGUCUCCCCUUAUAUUACCGUGGCGACAAACUCUUGUUAAAGACAAUCAAAACAUUGGCAGCCCUAACUGUCCAGGUAAAGUCUAAAUUCAUCAGUCUAGAGAGACCAGAGUUUUACACAUACACUCAAGUUCCAUAUCCACUUUAUAAUAACAGAGGUAGCUACGGGAUGAGGUUAGGGACGGGGAGGGUGUAUCGUGUGGACAAGUACACAAAGAGAGGCGGAACUUGUCGUUGUGCCAAGUGUCAAGUCUCUGCCACACCCAGCAAAGUGUGGGGGGAGGUUCAUGUGGUGACAGCCACACACGUGGUGUUUGAUGACAGUGAGGCGAGAAAGACCAUUUGUGUUUUAGGUUUUGAUGAUAAUGAAAGUCCAGUGGUCAGUCUUGAUGGCUGGGAGGUGAGGGGUGCGCCAGACAUUGUGGGAGACGUGUGUAAGAUGAGCUAUGUAACAUGUGACUUAAGGUUGAUUGAUGAACUGAAAAAGAUGUGUUGGCGCUUUGGACGACAAUGUCUGGCAGUAGCGAUCAAAUACUGGAGAUUUGAUGAAGAGGACAAAUUGAUCGUUAUAGUGUCACAUCCUCAUGGCUGUCCUAAACAGGUCUCUGUAGGACAAAGGACAAACACAAAUAGAAGGCGUCUCAUAUGGACCAGUUACUUGUACACAACAUGUACAUGUCCAGGCUCCAGUGGAGCGACUGUCUACAGGCUGGUAUAUAACGCGUGGUUGUUUCUCCAUCCCCACAGUGGAUCAAACCCUGAAGGAAAUUAUAGUGGCGAGAUGUUUAGGGACUGAUGUAACUGUUGGUUCUCUCCCCUUGUCUACACAAUGUAAACAAACAAAAUGGUCGAACUUUUCCCAUCAUUAAACUGUUUGUGUAAAGACUAGCAUGUUUUGUAAACAUUUUAUUACUUUUAAAUGAUUAAAACAAAUCUUUUGAUUGAUGUAAACCGUUUAACUGUAUUAAUUUGCAUGUACAUUGAUGGAUUUUAGAGUUUUUUUGUAUCAAAUGUUGUAAAUAAUUUGCUUAUAACUUUUGUCGGCAAAUUGUUGUCCUAUACCUAUACGCUGGCUAUUACAUGUAAAUUAAAUGUAACCUACCUGCCAAAUGUUAUACUCAUACUGUUUCUAUUUGUUUACAAAAUGUUCACACUAAACGACA